AAGGAUUAACCUGUAAGAACAAGUGAUGCUUUCCAAGCUUCCCCUCAACCACCGCCUUGGUUGCUAUUGAGGUUCGUGACCUGCUUAUUGACCGAUGCCUAAGCAGCAACUGCAUCGUAGUCAUCGCCCUCACCAUCAUGGCAGUUGGAAGCCGUUGAGCGAGGCGCGCUGAGGUAAGAACUGCCAACCGCCCUGCCUCGACGCUGCACAGAUUGUGUUUCUUAUUCAAAAGUAUCUAAUGAUCAGGUGAACGCUAGUCGGAGCCUCCAUGCUGGAAAGUUCUUGACUCGAUCCCGGGGACAUCGGUACCAUAUAUAAGGCGUGUCUCUCAUAGAAACGCAGGCCGAUCUCUUGGAAUACCGUCCUGCCGAAGCACACGUACCACCGCAAUCCCGCUUUACGCCUGAUAUCAACAUGAUCAUGCCUUCCGACCACCACUGUCAAUACAAAGCCCGGGUUACAGGGGAUGAUCUCCCCAACGAGCUCUUGCUCGAGAUAUACCCAUUGUUGCCUCUCAAGGGCCUUAUAGCUGCCAGAGGGGUCAGUCGACGAUGGCGAUCCCUUGUGACCGAAGCUGAUCUCAAACCAGCUCGUCGUAGACUCCUAGAGCUAUACCUAGAAGUCAUCAAGUGCCCAGCUUUCCUCGCCACUCGGGCAGAUAUCGUUCCUCACCUCAAACCGUUCGAUCGAAAGGCGUACCUAGGCCACAUAUCCGAGGCCGCCCAACCACCUGAGGAGUUUGAGAUGUGGGUUAAUGAGUGGCCUGCCAGGGCUGCAAUAGGUUGGGUAUGGCCCGGGUUGAACUGCGAGGUUCAUGAGGGAGAAACGAACGCUGUCAAGAGGCACGACUUCAUGAAUACGCUUGGACAUCAUCCGCCUUACAUCAAGACGGUGACAUAUCACAAGCGCAAGAGCGAAAUGUCCCAGGCUCAAACUAUCUUCCACGCUACGACUUUCCUACCUGCUGGCAUUGCUAUUCCCCAUGUAGACGAUAUCUCUUGGGGGGAUGCUGACGACGAUGUCAUGGUUAGCGUCGAAGUCACUGCCGUGUGCGUCGCCAAGUCUGAGGAGGUUGGUCCGGAGUGGUUGGUCCUGGAUGGGAGGAGAGGAGGAGAGCAGAUGCAGGGGUUCGUUUAUAAGGGAGGGUAUGGUAUGACGGCUGGGGAUAUCAUCUCAGAGGGUUGGAUUGAAUAUCUGGAGCGGGAGUUGCUUCGGGAGGAGCAGUGGCUGAAGGAGAAGGUUCCUACAGAAUGCCCUUGAGUGGUCACUAGGGUGAUUGCGAUUUCCCUCUCUCCAGUCCACUUACAUUGGGCUGUAUUGCGGUGGGAUCAUUCAUCUGCUACUAACAUUGUCGAGGUCGUACGACGGGACAACGUGCACCGUAUCUCAGAGGGAACCCGGUACUGACUGACACGGAUCUCUAAUUGUAUAUCUGAUUGUUAAUAGACACAAAGUAGUACGUGUUUCAACUCAACUAUAGAUCGGAGCUGAUGCAACGUCUCCACCACUCGGUACUUAUUUAUAUAUAGCAGCACAGAUUCAAACACAUAUUGUACAUCGCUCUGUCACCUAGGCAUCAUAGCAUUGUAACUUAUUCUUCUC